CCCUGGCCGGGCUCGCCUGGCUACACUACAGUCAGUAGUAGGUGGCUCCGGGCUGGAAGCACUAUCCUCGUCUCGACGCUAGCUGGCUGGAGCUGCUCCGCUCUUUCUCUUGACUGACACUGGCCAGCUGCCGAUGACCCCUUCUGGGGUAGCUAUGGGUGUGGACUCGAGAAUGUUGGGUUGUGUUGCAGGGCCACGACCCACCAAACCGAAUGCUCAGAAGCUCCAAGGCCCAAAUGGGCCCAGUCGCAGCUUGGUAGGCUUGGCAGCGCCGCGGUGCCCAGGCGAGGUACCUUGCCGCGGCAGCAGCAGUGGAGGUAGGUUGAGCGUGGCUGCGUGCGUGGGUCGGUGGAUGGGCGGAAUACCUCUGCCAAUGAAUGGCUGCAGUCUCAAUCAAGGUCCCAAUGGUCCCAAUCGAUGGAACCCCGGAUUACGGGUGUGGUAUGGGACUGAGUGCUUCAAGUGCCCGGUCUUGUGAAAUGGGAUGUGUGUGUGUGUGUGUGUGUGUGUGUGCUGUGGAGGAUACAAACAAACAGGACGGAAC